CUUGGAGUGCCUGAAAGAAUCACAACAUCAAAUCCAAAUCUUGAUCACAAAUUGCACGAACAACGCUCUCACGAUCCCUCGAUACCCCGUGUUCUUCCUACGUAUCUGCCAGUGUUCACCCUUCCUCCAUCAACGCCGAAACUCCAGUUGAGAAAUCACGAUGGCGCAGGAUGGCGAGCCGCCAAAGUCUGUUGACAAGGGCAAAGGGAAGGCCGUAGAUGGAGAGCCGGGCAAGGCUGAGGAGGUCAAGAAGGAUAAGGAUGGAAAGCCCCUUGUGAAUGGGAAGGCGGAGGAGGUGAAAAUCGGAGCGCCCGAAGAGCUCAGUGAGGAGGACCAGCAGCUCAAGAGUGAACUGGAUAUGCUUGUUGAGCGCUUGACGGAGUCCGAUACCACACUUUAUAAAUCUGCUCUCGAAGCCAUCAAAGAUUCCAUCAAGACCUCUACCUCAUCGAUGACCGCCGUCCCGAAGCCCCUCAAAUUCCUACGACCACAUUACGAGCCGAUGACAAAGCUGUACGAAGAAUGGCCAGCGGGAGAUGACAAGAACUCCCUGGCGGAUGUGCUUUCGGUGAUUGGAAUGACAUACUCGGAUGAAGACCGACAAGAUACCCUCAAGUACCGAUUGCUUUCACCAACCACAGAUAUUGGCUCCUGGGGACACGAAUAUACCCGGCAUCUCGCUUUGGAGCUCGGAGAGGUAUACACCAAGAGAUUAACAAACGAUGAGCCCUACCAAGACCUUAUUGAUCUUGCUUUAGUUCUGGUACCUCUCUUCCUUAAGAGUAAUGCGGAAGCCGACGCUGUUGAUUUGAUGAGCGAGAUGGAGAUCAUCGAAGAUAUCCCAAAAUUUCUCGACAAGGAUACAUACCCUCGAGUCUGCCUCUACAUGGUUAGCAUGGUCAGCCUUUUGACAUAUCCCGAAGAUCAGUCAUUUCUCCGAACCGCACAUAAAAUCUACAAACAGUAUGGUCAACUCACCCAAGCCAUCGUACUUGCUAUACGUCUGAACGAUAUUGAGCUCAUCAAGUCGGAUUUCCUCUCGACUGAAGACGUGUCGAUCAAGAAGCAGAUGGCUUUCCUUAUUGCUAGGCAGCAAAUCGUAUUGGACAUUCCAGAUAUUCCAGAGGAUAUCUUGGAAUGCUUAAACAAUACCAAGUUGCCUGACCACUUCAAGGCCCUGGCUAAGGAGUUGAAUAUCCUCGACCCAAAGACAACCGAAGAUAUCUACAAGAGCCAUCUGGAAAGCAACCGCGUUGCGGGCUUAACAAACCUUGAUUCUGCUCGCCACAACUUGUCUGCUGCAUUCGUUAAUGCAUUCGUGAACGCUGGAUUUGGCAACGACAAGAUGAUGAUGGUUGAGGAGGAGAAAUCUAGUUGGGUAUGGAAGACCAAGGACGAGGGCAUGAUGUCUACCGUUGCCUCGAUAGGCACACUGCUCCUUUGGGACGUUGAGGGUGGUUUGGACAAGAUCGAUAAGUACACCUACGCUCCCGAAGAUCAGAUUCAAGCUGGUUCUUUACUGGCUAUGGGUAUCAUGAGCUCCGGAGUCCGGAUUGAUUCGGACCCUAUCUUGGCUUUACUCGGUGAUGAAGAGAGGCUCAAUCAUAAGAGUCCUAUGGUCCGUGUGGCAGCGAUCAUGGGUCUUGGUUUGACAUACGCUGGCUCGAAUCGGGAAGCCCUUUUGGAUCUCCUCCUGCCCAUUGUUGGCGAUACCUCCCAGGAUAUGCAGAUAUCGGCUAUGGCUGCACUAUCUCUUGGCAUGAUCUUCGUUGGUUCUUCAAACAGCGAUGUCAGCGAGGCAAUUGUCCAGACCUUACUCGACGAUGACCGGAAAUCGCAACUGAAAGACAAAUGGACUCGAUUCAUGGCUCUCGGUCUUGGCUUGUUGUUCUUCGGACGACAAGAAGAAGUCGAUGUUAUCCUUGAAACUCUCAAGGCGAUUGACCAUCCGAUGUCGAAACCCACUGCAGUUCUUGCCGAGAUCUGCGCUUGGGCUGGUACUGGAACCGUUUUGAAGCUGCAGGAACUUCUCCAUAUUUGCAAUGACCAUAUCGAAGAUACCGAUGAAAAGAAAGGCGAUGAGUUGCUCCAAGCUUACGCCGUUAUUGGUCUGGGCCUUGUAGCCAUGGGCGAAGAUGUUGGACAAGAGAUGGUUCUUCGCCAAUUCGGCCAUCUGAUGCACUACGGCGAGGCCAAUAUUCGGAGAGCAGUACCUUUAGCAAUGGGUCUGCUCAGCCCCAGCAAUCCCCAAAUGAAGGUCUACGAUACCUUGUCGCGGUACAGUCAUGACAACGAUAACGAUGUCGCCAUCAACGCCAUCUUUGCAAUGGGUCUCCUCGGUGCUGGGACUAACAACGCAAGACUGGCGCAACUCCUCAGACAGCUCGCAAGCUAUUACCACCGAGAACCAGAAUGUCUCUUCAUGGUGCGAAUUGCCCAAGGUCUACUCCACAUGGGCAAGGGCACCCUCUCCAUCAACCCCUUCCACACGGAUCGACAAGUCCUCUCGAGAGUCGCAGCUGGUGGUCUCCUCUCCGUCCUAGUUGCCAUGAUUGACGCCAAGCAAUUCAUCGCCGACAAGUCACACUACCUCCUCUACUGGCUUGUUACUGCCAUGCACCCCAGAUUCCUCGUCACUCUUGACGAAGACCUCAAGCCUCUCACAGUCAACGUUCGUGUUGGACAAGCUGUCGACGUCGUGGGACAGGCAGGUCGGCCGAAGACAAUCACUGGGUGGCAGACACAGAGUACUCCUGUUCUGUUGGCGUAUGGCGAACGAGCAGAGUUGGAGGACGAGCAGUACAUUAGCUUGACUAGUAAUCUUGAGGGGUUGGUCAUUUUGAGAAAGAAUCCAGACUGGGAAGAUGGGAAGAGCUAAGCGGGAGCAGCAUUGGCAUGAGACGAAAUAAACUGUAUAAUAGCUGUAGACCUGAUCUCGGGAAGCGCCAUCAGCUACCAAAACGGACGAUAGAUGAAAAACAGGCUUUUCAAAGAAUUGUUCUUCGAUAUGCGGGUAUAAUCUAUCCCUGGUUGGGAGCAAAAUGUGAUUCGUAGACAUUGCC